AGCCAUGUUGUGUUUCACCAAAUAAACAAAUUUGAGGUUGCGUUUUUGUGUUUUGCGGGCGGACGGAGACCGUAAGACAAUAGAAAGCAUAAAAUGUGUUAGAAGCUCGGUAGGCUGGACUUUUGUUUGGGAAACCGCAAGGAACGCAACAAUCUGCUAGGUGACAGACAAAUCAUCAUGGGCUGAGCUUUGGGCUUAGUACCAUACAACGCACACAAAUUCUAGUCAAUUCGCUGCACAAAUCCCAUUUGAAUGUAAUACAAUCACGCACAAGAGGCUGGCGCUAUUGCCGUACAUGGAACGAACAUAGCAAACCGUUUUAACGAUCCUCCCAGAACUUUACCACAUUAUCGCAGAGCGACGACAAUGCAUCACAGUGCAAUGGGUAGCGAGGAGCGCAUAACGAGCAGUCCACGAUCUGCCUCAAAAACGGGCAGCACGCUCUUUGGUCUGCUUAGCAAACGACCCAGCAAAGUGGAGCCACAUCCCGUGACACCAGAAUCGCCAAGCCUGCAAAGACGACCAGCUUCAGCGCUGGGUCAGUAUGAUGUCACAUUUGCCAAGUGCUCGGCUCAGGAGCAGAGCAGCAGUGGCAGCAAUCAUAAGAGUCAAACGCUGCCCGCCGCCAAUUCGGAUGUGCUUGAGAAGUCGCACAGUGGCCUCAUUAGCUUCCAUAGACGCGGCAAUCCGACAUACAAAAGCAAAGCGCACGCACAUCGCUAUAGUGCGGAUGCUGGCUCUCAAAGUGAUGGCGGCACCGAUGUUGUCAUGCGUCGCAAGUCGCCCAAGCAACGUUCACCGAAUCACAAUCGAUUCAGUCAUCAGUUUAGUCUAUGCUGUAAAGCGGAAAAGAAACCAAUGACGCCACCAGUUUCGGUGCGCUACAAUUCCAUACCGGAUGCCGUGGUCAAUGCGGCCAAUGUGCUGCGUCGCGACAAUUUAUCGCUUAGCUGGAGCAUGAUGGAUAAUUCGGGUUCGUUGCACUCGCAUUCGAGUGAAGGCAACACUUCCUAUCAGCUGCCGUCCACACAGCGACCACGUCCAUCUAGUGAAUGUGCUAGUGCUCCUGAAUCGCCAGUGGCCAGCAAAACGUUCUUUCCCCAAUAUGAGGCAAGUGGCACGAGUCAACACUCCCACUGUUCGCCAUCGAAUUCGUCAGUUAAAAGCGAGACAGCGCAUCGUGCUCCCAUACGCCCCAUUGCUGUCUCUGCUUGCCGCUCCAGAUUGAGGCUUAAACUGUAUCCACCGGGGCAGGAGUUGCCUCCCUUGAAUGUUGAUGAAAGCGCCGAGACACUAAAACGUGCCACAACACCGCAACACAUGUCUUCGCCCAACAUUGCCAUGCAGCCGGAUGCCUUGGAUGCGUGCUUGCAGCAGGAUCCUAAUGGCGUGCGUUUCAUGUCACACGAGAAUAUGACGCUGCAUCGUCAAGGUUCCGGCAGCAAUCUGGCACGUCAGACGCUAAUGGCAGCGCAGGCAUUGAAUCUCAUACCAGCGGACAAGGCGCGCGAGCGCAGCUAUCUGGAUGGGCGACUAGGAUCAUCUUCGUUGCUGGGGCCAAGCGAACUGAGUCGCGUGCUGCCGCAGAAGGAGGUGACGAUCUUCGUGGGCACAUGGAAUAUGAACGGACACAGUCCACCCAAACAAAUGAACGACUUUGUGUUGCCGCCCAAUGUGGAGCAUGUACCUGACCUGGUUGUUGUGGGCACGCAGGAGUCCAGUCCGGAUCGCUUUGAGUGGGAAGUGACGCUGCAGGAGACGCUCGGUCCAUCGCAUGUGCUCUUCCACUCCACCACACUCGGCACACUCCAUUUGGCUGUCUACAUGCGUCGCGAUCUUAUUUGGUAUUGCUCGGCGCCCGAGGAUGCCUCGAUGUCGGUGCGCACAGGUUCAGCAUUUCGCACCAAGGGUGCUGUUGCCAUUUCCUUUUGCCUGUUUGGCACCUCUAUGCUGUUUGUCACAUCUCAUUUGACGGCACAUCAGCAAAAGGUUAAGGAACGUGUCUCAGAUGUUAAACGCAUUAUCAACGCACUGGAUCUGCCUAAGAAUCUCCCGAAUCUGCGACAUAAAAACAAAGACGUAACGCAGAAUUUCGAUAAUGUCUUUUGGUGUGGCGAUCUCAACUUUCGGCUGGGUGAACCGCGUGAAAAGCUACUGGAGUGGAUACAGAACACGAAAUUUCCAUUGCCCUCGCAUUUGCCGCAUGGUUACAUGCACACGGAUCAGCUCUCCUCAGUGCUGGCCGAUGGAGCCGCCUUUCGGGGUUUCAUGGAAGCGAACAUUACGUUUCCGCCCACCUAUAAGUACGAUCCUGGCAGCCAGAACUUUGAUACCUCUUCGAAGCAACGCGCUCCCGCGUAUACGGAUCGCAUACUCUACAAGUAUCGACAGAUGCAAGGUCUGGUUAUACGACGGCAGAGCACUGUUCCCGGUGUAUCGACACCCACGCAACCUUAUGUGCAGUGUCUGCUCUACGACUCGGUGCCAUCGAUUACCACGUCCGAUCACAAGCCCGUUUGGGCUCUGUUUCGCACGCUCAUACGAGCGGGCACCGAUGCCAUCCCGCUGGCGGCUGGACUGUUUAGCCGAGACAUUUAUUUGGAGGGCAUGCGUCGUCGUCUGAAUAAUCAAUAUCAAGGCGCCUCCGCUGUCUGUGCCAUACAAUAAACCUGCGAGAUCAGCUUACAAAUAUACAUAUAUAUAUAUAGCUAUAAAAGGAGAUCUGUUGAUCUUUUCAAGUGCUAGUCAUUUAAACUAUACCAAAGCGGCUUAUAAACUGUCCCAAUGCUUUACCACGGUUGUGUGUGGCCUUUGUAAUACUCUUUAAACUAGUUAGUUAGCUAUUAAUCUCCGUAGUAAUAUUGUUCGAAUAUAUAAAUAUAAAUACAUAUUUAUUUAUAGUUGUUAGGUGCUGCCUUUUUGCCUUGAGGCCUUAAUGUUAAACGUUCCUUAUAAAAAAAAAAACAGCAAAUGAACUAGAAGCGCAGUCGAAAUGAUGAAACGUAAUCUUAAAGCCCAAAGCAUAGUUUAUAGGUAAAAUGAAUCUAUUAGUGAAUAACUUAGUGCAAAUAUAUAUAUGAAUGAAUUCGAAACAUGAAUGGAAAUAGCAUUAAAUAUACUCUAUAUACUCUUACAAGAUAUUGUUGAUGCAGUGUUAUUGUUAUACAAACAAA